AUGAGCGCCAUUCUCUCCGCCGAUGAUCUGAACGAUUUCAUAUCUCCGGGUGUCGCCUGUAUCAAACCAGUCGAGUCUCUUCCCCAGAAACCGUCAAAUCCAGAGGAUCCCUACGAAGUCACGACCGAAGACAAAGUCCAGCCCGAAAACCUCCCUCCGGCGCAGAUUUCCCUUACCGAUUGCCUUGCGUGCUCUGGAUGUGUAACAUCCGCCGAGGCAGUUCUGAUCUCCCUACAGUCCCAUGCAGAGGUCCUCAACACCCUUGAUGCGCACCCCGAAUUGCGGCCAGGCGACGGCCAAUCCGCCGACGAGGGCCGAAUAUUUGUCGCGAGUGUCAGCCCCCAGGUUCGAGCGAGUCUGGCAGCAACGUACGGGAUUUCCGAGAAGGAGGCAGACCACAUCAUUCAUCAGUUCCUGAGCGGGCCGCAAGGAUUGAGAGCAGGAGGGAAACAUGGGAGCGGUUUUGCUUGGGUCGUUGAUACCAACGCUUUGCGGGAGGCCGUCCUGGUUUUGACGGCCGACGAAGUUAGCGACUCUUUAGCAGCUACUUCUGACGGAUCGACCCCAAAACGGCCUAUUCUAUCAUCGGCGUGUCCAGGCUGGAUCUGCUACGCUGAAAAAACACACCCGUUCAUCCUACCUCACUUGUCCCGGCUUAAAUCGCCACAGGCUUUAUCUGGAACUCUUCUGAAGACUGCACUCAGCAAGAGUCUCGGCGUGCCUACAUCGCGUAUCUGGCAUCUCGCAAUUAUGCCCUGCUUUGAUAAAAAGCUAGAAGCCAGCAGGGAAGAGUUAACGGACGCUUCAUGGAAUAAUUUUUCUCCUAGCGAACCUCACACUCCAGUUCGCGAUGUCGAUUGUGUCAUCACAUCACGCGAGCUGCUCUCCUUAGCCUCGUCUCGAGGCAUCUCCCUUGCGUCUAUACCUAUGACAUCUCUUCCUCAGUCUCUUCGUACCCCUUUCCCCGACCCGGCUCUCGAUGCAUUUCUCUUCUCCAAAAGUUCUCUGCCACGGCAAACGACCUUUGCUGGAACUUCUGGAGGUUAUCUUUAUCACGUUCUCCUGGCCUUCCAAGCUCGCAAUCCGGGCAGCGAGUUUGUGACGCAGCGGGGACGGAAUGCGGAUGUCGUGGAAUACAGCCUAGUGUCUCCAGGAGGUGAGACGAUCCUGAAAGCGGCCCGUUAUUAUGGGUUCAGAAACAUCCAAAACCUUGUCCGAAAGCUCAAGCCCGCUCGAGCUUCUCGACUUCCAGGUGCUAGAGCGACCAUUAGCCCUGCAACCGGCGGGCGGCGGCAACCGGUUUCACGCAACGGUGCCGCGUCAUCAGGCACUGAUUAUGCCUACGUUGAGGUCAUGGCUUGCCCGGGUGGUUGUACCAAUGGAGGAGGUCAAAUACGCAUUGAAGAUGCUCGAGAAAUCAGCACACAAGAUGGUGCUUCAGAAGCAGCUGCUUCAAAGCCAUCGCCAAAUGAGCUGCGCUCAUGGCUCUCUCGUGUGGACGAGGCAUACUUCUCGGCUGAUUCUGACUUGGAUGAAGGGACUGCGUAUCCGCAGACGCUUUCUAUCGCGGAUAACGAGGCCAGAAUUCGCAUGGCGCUGCAGCACUGGUCCGCGAUGACACAGAUUCCGCUUUCAAAACUCGCCUACACGACGUAUCGUGAAGUCGAGAGCGACGUUGGAAAACCCAUUGCGCCCAACGACACCACCCGGGUCGUGGAGCUAGCAGGGAAAAUUGGUGGUGGUUGGUAG